UCCACAUGGGAAGACACUCUCCAUUCACACAGUCUGAAUACAAGCCCACAGCACCCUGCCCUCACCCCCCCCUCUGACCCUCUGUGCCUGCCUGGAUACACGGAGGAGGAACUGAUGGCCAACAACAACCACCUCAAGUUACCCAUCCCAGAGGUGAACGAGGACAGAUGCUGGGACACAGAGAAGCAGAAGCCACCAGGACAGACUGUCAAUUCAACCGGUGUUCACCCGUACUGGAUCGGAGAUCUGGACAGCAUCAUCAUGAAUAGCCCGGAGCUUUAUCCCACUCAUCCCCAUGGCAACGGGGGUUUAUAUGGAAACAGGAAGUCCCUGUCCCAGCAGCUGGAGUUCCCUCACACCACGACACAACCUGUGCGCCCCUCCCGUUCCCUCAGCUCUGCUCAGCUGGUUCACUCCUGCAGUAACGUGCAGGCGUUCAUCAUCUGUAACGUGGUGCUGAUGAAGGGCCACGGAAAGGGCCUGGGCUUCAGCAUCGUGGGGGGCCGGGACAGCAUGUAUGGACCGAUGGGGAUCUAUGUGAAGACCAUCUUCCCUGGGGGGGCAGCAGCUGCUGAUGGAAGACUGCAGGAGGGGGAUGAGAUCCUGGAGCUGAACGCAGAGUCUCUGCAUGGUUUGACUCAUGAUGAAGCCCUGUACAAGUUCAAACAAAUCAAGAAGGGGCUGCUGACCCUGGUGGUGAGGACGAGCCUGCGGGGGGGGGCAGGAUGUGGUCCGGAGGCCCAGCUCUGCAGGUCUCGCUCCCUCAGCACUAGCUCUGGCCUGGCCCGGGUCAGCGCUGACUACAGCUACCUGAACAGCAGCUGCACCCCGAGGGCCCCGGGCGACCGCGUCGUCAUGGAGAUCAUCCUGCACAAAGAGGCAGGUGUUGGUCUGGGUAUCGGGCUGUGCUGUGUUCCAUCUGGUGACGGCUGUCCUGGGAUCUUCAUCCACACCCUCUCUCCUGGAUCAGUAGCACACAUGGACAGUAGACUCAGGUGUGGGGAUGAGAUUAUGGAGAUCAACGACACUGUGGUUUACAGCAUGGCACUGAACGAUGUGUACACGGUGCUGAGCCAGUGCUCUCCAGGUCCAGUCCACAUCAUCAUCAGCCGACACCCCGACCCCAAAGUGUCAGGGAAGCAGCUGAAUGAUGCUAUCGCUCAGGCAGUGGAAAACAGCAAACUGAGGAAGGAGAAGAGCCAGUGGAGUAUUGAUGGUCUGCGCAGACUGGAGCCCUGCUCUCACAGUCGGCAGAGGUGUGAGCGCUGUCUGGAGAAGACUUUCAGUCAGCUGACAGUUAAACGAGCGCAGAAGACCAUGACCCGCUCAUGCAGCGACAACACCAGCAGCCCCCACCACAAUCAAUUCCUCACUAUACAGCACCUCCACAACACACACCAUCACCCAUCCGCCCGCGUGCACAGCCUGGGCACACCCAAGUCUAUGAGAGAGACGUGGUCUGAGAACAGGCUGUCAGUGCCUGUGUAUCCUGAUGAAGACUACAACGUCCCCUACAAUACUGCUGCUGCACACCUGUCCAAUCAGCACGCCCUGGACCUGGCCCUCAGGAGCAACAAGUCCACCUGCAGGGUCCGUGCUGCUCCUCACCGGCACUGCUGGCCUCAGGAUGUGACCAGUGAGGAGGGCUAUAACGGAGACUCCAGCGGCUCCAGUGGAGGGUCCCCAGUCAGAGAGGGGGCGCUGGAGUCCUCCUCACACAGCUGUCAGUUCUUCAGCAGUGUGUACAAGGCACUGAGAAAGAUCCUGAGGUUACUCUUAAGGAACCAGGAAGGAGAACGACUAAGAGAACACUCAGAGGGGACUGCAGCCUGCACCAGCAACAGACUACACACAGACGCUGUGCUCUGCUCAAAGUCAAAGAGAGGAGCUCUGAGGAGACAGCCUCACAUUGACCAACUCACCCAGGCACGCAUUGAGGACCCCUGGGUUCGCCUCGCAGACCUCCCCCCUGAAGAGGUGCUCCACUACCACCCCGCCGCUGCAGACAGAACACACCCCACCACCAUGAGCGACCAGGAGAACACACAUGAGGUUAACGGCACACACUCGGAUGUCACCUCAGAUCCUCCCUCAGAUAUGACUCCUGAGAACACAUGUGAGACUCCUCCAGGAGAAAAGACGGCCCCCCCGGUGGCCCCCAAGCCUGCCUGGUUCCGCCAGAGUCUGAGGAAAAUCCGGAAUGAGCAGGGCCAGAAGAAGCAGGACAAACCCGCAGAGCUGAGGUCAGUGGGGGGCUUCACCAGGACCUACGGGGGCAGAUCCGCCUCAUCUUCAGCCAACCUGUCAAUCAAACAGAAGAUCCACUCCUUUGAGUCUUUUUCCAGUCCGGAGGUUUCAGAGAAGGGGGGGAACAGGAGACCCUCGUCCACCUCCACCUCUCUACCUCUGGAGGAGAGCAGGAGUCGCCCUGCCUCACAUGGGGACAGUGGGAGGGGCCAACAUGAAAUCCAAGAAGAGAUCCAGGGAAUCACCUCUCCGUGUGACAGCGAGCCAGAGAACCCCCCUGUCUUUGCUACACCUUCUGCUAUCCCCUCCUCCACUUUUGAAGCAUGCAGUCAAACAGCCGCUGGAGAUGAACCCCCCUCUAUCCAACCCCCCGCAGAUCUGCCACUGUGUGACAGCACUGAUCUGCACUCAGGGACACAUGGUGAUCCUCCAUCAGCUCCACUUCCUGCCAAACAGGAAGCUGAGCUAGAAGAGGAUCUCACCAGCUCCAAUCAGAACACAGUCUCUCCCCCUGCCACAUCCAGAAUAUCUCAAGAGGGGGGAGAGAGCCUUCAAGAAGAGGGAGAUGGAGCAGAGAACCAAGGGAAGCCCCUGAGCCCCACCCUGAGUGCUGCCCCCCCCGCAGGUAGCCACCAUCCGAGAGGCCUGGAGGAGGGGAGCUUAGAGAAGAUCCUCGCCUUCAGUAACCAGGUUUCCCAGGCGGUGAUGCGCUCUCACAGCGACCUGCUGCCCUCUGUGGAGAGCGAUGCUGAGGAGAGGGAGCAGGACAGCAGCGAGAGAGGCUUCUCUGUCAGCUUGGCCAUACUUAGGGAGUGUACCAUUGAGCGAGGGGAGGGGGGACACCAUGACGAGGCAGAAGGCUCCUCUGCUCACUCUGUCAUCUCAGCCAUCCCCUCACAGGAAAUACAGAGGAUGAUCAAGGAAGUCAAAGCUCUGGACCAAGACACGCUGAAGCAACUGGUGGACAUCCAUGUGGUGAUUCUGCAUAAAGAGGAGGGGGCCGGGCUGGGCUUCAGCAUCGCAGGGGGGUCCGACCUGGAGAGCAAGGCUCUGACAGUCCACAAAGUGUUCCCCAGUGGCUUGGCGGCUCAGGAGGGAACCAUCCAGAGAGGAGACGAGGUGCUGUCCAUAAACGGACACACACUGCGCGGUGUCACACACACUGAUGCCACCAGUGCUCUGCGGCAGGCCCGCAAUCUGCCGCUGGCUGUGGUGGUGGUCUGCAAGAGGGCGGAGGAGGGGGGGGCCGAGGGGGACGGCUGCAGGACGGAAGACCUCCACCCUGCAGUGGUCCUCCACUCCGCUCCGCUGACUGUGGAGCUGCAGAAAGGAGCUGCAGGAGUGGGCUUCACUCUGGAGGGGGGCAGGGGCUCCAUCCAUGGAGACAGACCUUUAGUCAUCAACAGGAUCUUUGCAGGUGGGGUGAAACAUAGCCCGUAUGUCGCCCAUGAAUGCCACAGGAUCCUGCCUGAAACGAGUGAGAACUCCAAGCAGUGA